GCCGAAACACAUGUCAGCGUGUGUUGUUGGAUAGCAUAAUAGUCGCUGCCACAGUUGUGUUGGAGCCUAGCAGCGAGUAGCUAGGAACUAGGACAGUAUCUUCAGAGUUACAACUGCCCCUUCCACCUGCUUUCCCGACUUUGGCAGAGAUGACUCUAAAUAAUGAGCAACUUCGACUGGGCAUCAUUUGAUAAACUGAAAGAGUGCAAUGCCUAUAUCGAUAAUGAGCUCCCAGACUACAUUAUGGUGAUGUUGGUGAACAAGAAGACAUUCCAUCAGAUCAGUAACGACCUGCAGCUAUUCCUUGGAGACGACACCUCCAAUUUCAUUGACUGGCUACAGGAGGCGGUGGAUAAUGGAGGCACUGUGCCCGUGAAAACUAAGACAUCCUCAGAACCCAAUGAAAAGGAGGGAGAGCACGCUAGGACAAAGAGUGACUCAAAAACUGACGACGCAGGACGCGAAGAGACCGCCCACAUCUCUGAGGACUCUCCGGGCGAAUCCGGCUCAAAGAGAAGUGGAAGCAAGCAACGAAGCAAGAGCGAAGACGAGCUCGAGCUUCACCCAGCGCUGGAUUGGGAGGAAGAGAGGGAGGGAGGGAGGAGGGGGGAAGGGGGGAGGGGGAAACCCUCUAAGCACAGGGGCGGUGGUGUGUCGGAGGGGAAGUCAGCAAGGAAGGGGAGUGGAGAGGUGAAAGUUGCUAGGGCGACGGAAGGAGAGAGAGAGGAGAGGGAGGAAGGGAAAGAGAGGAAGAAGAGGGGAGAGGGACUGUGGAGGGAGGGGGGAAGGUGGAAGAAGAUAUUGAUGAGUCCAUUGUCAAACCAACUCGCCCCAUCAAAGGUUCUCAUAGCUCGUAAGAAAGGUGAAAGGUCGGCUCCACCCACCUACCUGUCUGGCAGGCGCUACUCUCACAGUGGAAGUGAAGGAGAGGAGGGAGAAGAGGAAGAGGAGGAGUUUGAGAGGGGAAGAGGGAGAGAGGGAGGAAGAAGGGGAGGGCUGUCUAGUGUUGUGAAAUACCGGAAAGGGAGAGGGGGAGGAGGGGAGGGAGGGAGGAGAGGGAGAGGGAGGGUAGAGGAAGAAGGGAGCUGGCCGGAACUUGUGACAGAAAGCGAAAGACAAGAGAAACGCACGGUUGAGUUGGCAGUGAUAACAGCUCUGAGGAAGGUCCUCCCGGGGCAGAAGGAACUGACUGAUCUGAGGCAACUCAUCAACCAACAGAGAGAGAGUCCAAAACCUCCACCGACACCACAGUGCCACCAAGAAACAACAGGAGACGAACACUGGCGUUGUCCUGUAGGACGAACACUGGCGUUGUCCUGUAGGACGAACACUGGCGUUGUCCUGACAGUAUCUGACAGUUUGUCCUGUAGGACACAUUUCGUGGUGACGAUGGACGGACUGGAUGAGGGUUAUAAUGUAGAGCGAGAGGGGGAGGAGCGAGAGGGAGAGGCGGAGGAGGAGCAAAAGGAGGAGAGAGGGAGCUCGCAGAAGACACAAGGAGCAGUGGAAGGUGUACCAGGUCUGAUGCCCAUAUCUCAUACUGCACCCAGACACGUCCUACCUAGAGCUGCUUCUGCUACAGGCUCCACCCUUUGCCCCCCUGCCUUCCCUCCUGCCAUGAUGAAGGUUCCAGCUCCAGUGAAAUCCAUGUGGUCACCUCGGACCAAGUCCCAGUAAAUCAGCUCUCACUUGACCCCUGCCAGCAAGACCUCUCCUACUUCACACACCAGUCAGAGGAAGUUUGCAGUUCCAGAGGAAGACACAACCUCAUAUAAGUCAAUGAACAAACUCCAGUGACCCACUUUGAAUAAUAGGCACUAAUACUAAUUGCGAAGUGGUAUCGUAACUUAUCUCAUUACAUGUUUCUACAAUGUUCGCUUUUUCUUGCCUAUAUAUGAAGUCAUAUAUACUUGUUGUGAAGCAGAAGGUGGUGGUUUUCCACAGUUUGAAUUGAACUGCAUUCACAGACUUUGCAGUUUUCACACAUGCUUCAGGCCUAUGUAUACCUAGUGAGGUAGCUGGUGAAAAA